AUGGUUGUUGAGAGAGUGGAAGAGAUGUUGGAGUAUGGGUUGUAUGAAUGCAGUUGGUGGUCACAUUGUAUGCUUAUGGAUCGUCAUUUUCUCUGUGUGGUUAUCCGGGAUACCGAUGCGUGUCCAUACCAAGUUACUACGAAGUCAACAAUUGAUGAGUUGAAGGCGCAUGUCUGUUCUUAUUGGAAUAGCAUUUUACCAGACUCAAUUCAGUUUGUAUUUGACUAUGAGGGGAGAAGCAAUGUUGUUGACAGUGAUGUGAAGCUCUGUUCUUUCUUGUCAUUGUGUAUUGUUAACCAGUUGUCUUUUUUGGAGCUUCAUUUAUUUGAACGUGUUUCUCUUCGUGCUCCUGAUUUUGUUCGUGAACCUACUACGAGCGAGGUGAGAGUCGUCAAGAGCAAUCCAGAACGAUAUACGGUCGAAUGUUAUUACAAGAAGAAAUUGGAAUGCGACUGGAUGUUCCAUGCAGCUCCCAAGACUUCCAAUGUGAAGGGUCACUUAUUCCUCAAGGCCUAUAACGGGGAGCAUAAAUGUUGUGCUGGUUAUAGUGAUGGAACAAAGGCUGAUCCGCUUACGCGCGAACUUAUCAAGAGUUUGAUAUUUGAGCAGAUUGAACAUAAUCCCAACAAGAAAGCCAGGGAUAUUGUUAGAGAACUCAAAAGUGAUUAUGGGUUGGAAGUGAGCUACGAUCAGGCGCAUGCCGGGAAAGAAUUAUGUUUCAAGGAAUUGUAUGGCGAGGACAUUAAAUCAUACAUUGACUUGAGAUGGUGGUGUGAAGCCGUGAAGAAACACGAUCCAGGUAGUAGGGAUGAUUUAGUUGUUGAAGGUGGCGAGUUUAAGAGUUUUUUCUUAGCCUUCGAUGCUUGCAUCUCUGGUUUCGAAUAUUGUCGCCCGGUACUGUUCUUGGAUGCAACUUUCCUAACUGGAAAAUUUAGGGGUUGUCUUAUGGCGGCUACCGGGAAGAAGGAGAAUAAUGGAAUAUUUCCUCUGGCAUAUGGUAUCGUAUCAGCUGAAACUGUUGAGAAUUGGCAUUGGUUCUUGAAGAAACUAGAAUCUAUCUUGGGUCCUCGUGUACUAACUUUUAUUUCGGAUCGCCAUGAGGGUUUGAUCCAAGGGAUUCGUGAUGUUUUCCCAACUUUCUAUCAUGCUUGGUGUUACCAGCAUUUGAAGAAUAAUGUCCGCAGUAAGACCAACAAGAAAAAGGGAGAGCAUUGUGCUGCGAUGGGUUUGUUCAAAGAAUGUUUCUAUUCAUCGACUCAUGAAGGAUUUGAUCAGGGUAUGCAAAAGUUGAAGGAUAUGGGAUGUGAUGGUCUUCACAAAUUCUUGAGUGAGAUUCCAGUGGAAUGUUGGUCCAAUGCACAUUGUCUGGGCUGUCAUUACGGCGACAUGUGUUCAAACAUUGCAGAGUCCUUUAACUCUUGGAUCAAGGAAGCAAAAGGUAUGCCUAUUGCAACACUUGUUAACUGGAUCAGACUUAAAAUUAUGUAA